AUGCCAGACACCCUCCACUACUCCCACCCAGCCACAACCUGGCAACAAGGCCUCCCCCUAGGCAACGGCCGCAUCGGCGCCGUCGUCCUCUCCGCCAUCGACCAGGAGCUCUGGACCUUUACCGACAUCACCUUCUGGUCCGGCCGGCCUGAGUCCGCGCCGCCAGGGUCGUACGGCGGCCGGGCAGCACUGGACGAGAUCCGCAACCGGUAUUUCGUCGACGACUACGCGGGCGGCAAGCGUCUGGCCGAAAAGUACCUGCAGCCGGCGAAGCAGAACUACGGGACGAAUCUGAUUGUUGCGAGGGUGAGGAUUGCGUUUGAGUAUGGGUCCUCGUUGUCAAGUGAGGAGAUCGACUUCAGCAGGGCUUUGAGUCUCGAUGAGGCUGUUGCUUCGGCUGAGUAUCGGCUCAAUGGCUACCGCUACUAUCGAGAGUCCUGGGUCUCGCAUCCGCAGCAGGUUCUCGUGACUCAGUUGAGGACGGACGCGCCGGACGGACUCUCCUUGGAAAUCUCCCUUGCCGGAGAGACGAACGAGUUCACCGUCUCUAGCAGCGAGAACAGGCUCGUCUUCGACACCCGCGCCGUCGAGACGGUCCACAGCAACGGCUCCUGCGGCGUCAGGGGUCGAGGCGUACUCCAAGUGACGACGUCUGGAGGCUCGGUCAGCAACAGCGACGGCAGAAUCAAAGUCGCACACGCAGCUGUCGUGACCAUCACGAUGGCGUUCAACACCGACUUCCGACAGAUGGACGACCGGUGGAAAUCGCUAGCUCUGCAGCAAGUGGCAGACGCAGAGAAGAAGCCAUACGAGCAGCUCAGGGCAGAUCACGUCCACGACCACCAGCGUCUGUACCGGCGCGUCAGCGUGGAUCUCGGGAAGAAUGACGAGCGAGAAAACUGGCCGGUCGACAAGCGACGAGCCAGCUUCGCAGCAUCUGGAUACGAUGACCCCGGCUCUUCGCCCUCUUCUUCCAACUCCCCCCUGCCCCUGCAUUUACAAGGCCUGUGGAACGACGGCGAGGCGAACCGCAUGAACUGGAGCUGCGACUACCACCUGGACAUCAACAUCCAGAUGAACUACUUCCCGACGGAGACAGCCAACCUGAGCGAUCUGCAGACGCCGCUGAUGAAGUACAUCGAGGACCUCGCCGCGGCGGGCAAGACCACAGCAGCCCAGUUCUACGGGUGUCCUGGCUGGGUGGCCCACGUCUUCUCGAACGUCUGGGGCUUCACCGACCCUGGCUGGGAGACCUCCUGGGGGCUGAACGUGACGGGAGGCCUGUGGCUGGCGACGCACAUGAUCGAGCAUUACGAGUAUACCCUCGACAAGAAGUUCCUCGCCGAACAGGCCUAUCCUGUGCUGAGGGCCGCAGCGGAGUUCUUCCUCUCGUACAUGACCGUCGACAGCCGGACGGGGUAUCUAGUGACAGGGCCGUCUGUCUCUCCAGAAAACAGCUUCUAUCCUCCUGGCCAGAGCGAGGAGCAGCAUCUCUCGCUGGCUCCGACGAUAGACAUUAUCCUCGUCCGGGACCUGUUCCAGUUCUGCGUCCAGGCCGCGCGCGAACUGGAUGUCAAUGACACAGAGCUAGUCAGCAAGCUAGAAGACAGCCUGACGAAGCUGCCCCCGUUCAAGAUCGGCCAACGCGGCCAGCUGCAGGAGUGGCAGGAGGACUACGCCGAAGCGCAGCCGGACCACAGACAUCUGUCACAUACGAUGGCUCUGUGCCGCAGCGCGCAGAUCUCCGCGCGACAGACGCCCGACCUGGCGACAGCAACACGGACAACGCUGGACCAGCGACAAGCCAGGGCCGACCUGGAGGACAUCGAGUUCACGGCGGCGCUGUUCGGGCUGAACUACGCGCGGCUGAACGAGCCCGAGCCCGCAUUCCGCCAGCUGGGGCAUCUGAUCGGCGAGCUGGCAUUUGACAACCUGCUGACGUACUCCAAGCCGGGGAUCGCAGGCGCAGAGACCAACAUCUUCAUCGCAGACGGGAAUUACGGCGGUGCGGCGGUCCUCGCGGAGAUGUUGCUGCGGAGUGUUACAAGAACGAGUAGCGCAGGCGUAGAAGUGGAAAUCGAUCUCCUCCCGGCGUUGCCUUCUGCCUGGCCGUCAGGGCAUAUCCGUGGUCUCCGUGAAAGGGGGAAUAUCGAGGUGGAUAUCUACUGGGAAGGGGGGAAGUUGUCGACUGCGACGUUGAGGAACUAUUCUGGGGGUGUGCAGGUAGCUGUAUACUACGGGGGAUACAGUCAGAGGUUGACAAUAACGGAGGAUAGAAUUACGACGCUGGAUGGCGAGUUGCGGUCGGUCUAG